AAUUCGUUUCCUCUGAACCCGGAAGCAAAUGACUCAAACAUUGCGGACUUACAGCAGGUGAGCGUAGCGGCUCUCCUUGCCGAACGACCAAGAAUCAUGUCCAAAAACCACAAAACAGUGUUGAUUUUUGGAGGAUUCAUAACAGCCGUCGCUGCUGCGUUCUACCCCAUCUUCUACUACCCGCUCACUCACAAAAAUGAGUACAGUGGUGGGUCACCCCCUCCACUUCAGGAGAAGUCCAGAAGACGAAUCGCUCAGGAAUCGAACAGGCCGACGUGCAGCCCCUUGGUGUGAAAAUAUGGUCCGAUCCGUUCAAGAAGUGAUUGCCGAUGGAUGUCGCUCCGCUCGGCGUGUGAGUGCGUCCACCAAGGAUUUGACUUUGUAUCCAUUAUGCGAAGGGGACCCACAAUGGAAAAACGACUUUGUAAUAUUGAGCACAGCACGGCUUGAGGGUUGGAGUCCUGUGUGGAGUUUGCAUGAUUGACAUGUGCCAGCCAUUAUAAAAUAUACCUAUUGAAAAUA